AUGACGGUCAUUGACGACGGCUUCGAGGCGCUCCUCGAGCCCUUCUACAAUGGCAAGCGGCUAACGGACCCCAUCUCGACCAAGGAGGACAAGUACCAGCUGCUGCCGGCGUUUCUCAAGGUCAAGGGUCUUGUCAAGCAACACAUUGACUCAUACAACUUCUUCGUCGAGCAGGAGAUCAAGGAGAUCGUCAAGGCCAACCGCACCAUCCGCAGCGAUGUCCAGAGCGGCUUCUACCUCGAGUUCACCGACAUCCGCGUCGGCCGUCCCACACGCUCCGACUACAGCGAUGUCAAGGCCCAGAACGAGGUCACACCCAUGGAGUGCCGCCUGCGCGACAUGACCUACGCGGCACCCAUCAUUGUCGACAUCGCCUACACGCGCGACAAGAAGCGCGUCAUCCGACGCAACAUCGCCCUCGGCCGCAUGCCCGUCAUGCUCAAAAGCUCAAAGUGCUGCCUCAGCGGUGCCACCAACUCGCAGAUGGAGGUCAUGAACGAGUGCCCGCUCGACCCCGGCGGCUACUUUAUUAUCAACGGCACCGAAAAGGUCAUUCUCAUCCAGGAGCAGCUCAGCAAGAACCGUGUCAUUGUCGAGGCCGAAGAGAAGAACAACGUCAUCUCGGCCUCCGUCACGUCGUCGACCCACGAGCGCAAGAGCAAGACGUACGUCACGCUUAAAAAGGAGCGCAUGACCCUCCAGCACAAUGUCCUCGUCGAAAACAUUCCCAUUGUCAUCGUUCUCAAGGCCUUUGGCGGCCUUUCCGACUACGAGAUCAUGCAGCUGGUGGCCGGCGCCGACGGCCGCUACCAAGACGACUUUUCCGUCAACUUUGACGAUGCUGCCAAGGCCGGCGUCUUUACCCAGCAGCAGGCGCUCGAGUACAUCGGCGCGCGUGUCAAGAUGGGCGCCCGCAGCGGUGGGGGCGGCGGCGGCGGCGGUCCCGGUGGCCCGCCGCGCAUGAUGGGUCCGCCGCAGCGGCGCAACAACGUCGAGGAGGGCCUCGACGCUCUCGCCAAUAUUAUCAUUGCCCAUGUGCCCAUCGAGGGGCUCGACUUCUUCCCCAAGGCCGUGUACGUGGCCAUGAUGGCGCGCCGCGUGCUCAUGGCCGCACACGACCCGCGGCUGGUCGACGACCGCGAUUUUGUCGGCAACAAGCGUCUCGAGCUGGCCGGGCAGAUGCUCUCCCUUCUGUUUGAAGACUUGUUCAAGAACUUCUUGGGCAACUUGCGUGCCAACAUUGACAAGUUCUUCAAGAAGCCGCACCAGGGCGUGGCCUUUGACCCGCUGACGUCCAUCAGCGCGACCGGCAGUGUCAUUUCCAUGGGCAUGAACCGCGCCAUCCAGACGGGCAACUGGAGCGUGAAGCGCUUCGGAAUGAACCGGGGCGGUGUCACCCACGUUCUCAGUCGCCUCAGUUACAUCAGCGCCCUUGGCAUGAUGACUCGCAUCAACAGUCAGUUUGAGAAGACCCGCAAGGUCAGUGGCCCGCGGGCCUUGCAACCGUCGCAGUGGGGUAUGCUGUGCCCGUCGGACACGCCAGAAGGGGAGGCCUGCGGCCUCGUCAAGAACCUGGCGCUCAUGACGCACAUUACAACACACGUGGAGGAAGGCCCCGUGCGCGAGUGGGUGUUCUCGCUGGACGACAGCGUCGAGCCCUUGCGCAACUUCACAGGUGCCGAAAUCCACCGGCCUGGCGCCUAUGUGAUCCACGUCAACGGUACACCUUUUGCGCUGACGCCCAACCCGCGGCGGUUUGCGGCCAAGUUCCGCACCAUGCGCCGUCGCGGCUGGAUCUCGCCCUUUGUCAGCAUCAACCUCAACGCGCACUUCUCGGCCGUGCACAUUGCCACGGACGAGGGGCGCAUCUGCCGGCCGUACAUCAUCGUCAAGAACGGCGAGCCACGGCUGCAGCCGGAGCACCUUCGCCUCCUCCAAAUGGGCAAGGUAUCCUUUGACGAUUUCUUGCGGCGCGGUGUUAUCGAGUACCUCGACGUCAACGAGGAGCAGGACGCACUGGUGGCGCUGUAUGAAAAGGACUGCGGCGCGGCCACGACGCAUCUGGAGAUCGAGCCCUUUACGAUCCUCGGCGCUGUCGCAGGCCUCAUUCCCUUCCCCCACCACAACCAGUCGCCACGCAACACCUACCAGUGUGCCAUGGGUAAACAAGCUAUCGGCGCCAUCGCAUACAACCAGUUCCACCGCAUCGACACUCUGCUUUACACGCUCGUCUACCCGCAACGGCCCAUGGUCAUGACCAAGACCAUCGAGCUCGUGCAUUAUGACAAGCUGCCGGCCGGGCAGAAUGCGACUGUCGUCGUCAUGUCGUACUCGGGCUACGAUAUUGAGGAUGCCCUCGUGUUGAACAAAGCAUCCAUUGACCGUGGCUUUGGCCGCUGCCAGGUCUUCCGCAAGUACGUCGCCGAGCUGCAGCGGUAUCCCAACGGCCGUGCUGAACGCGUGGGCGCUCCCGAGCGCGACGAGCGCGGCGAGCGCCUGGCCAAGCACUCGGCCAUUGACAACGACGGCCUAGCAGCCGUCGGCUGGCGCGUGCGGCACGGCGACGUCAUGAUUAAGAAGGAAAGCCCUGUGGAUCUGGCGACAACAGGCAUCGGCUUGGACAGCGGCUCCAACGAGUACCGCGACUCCUCCCUCACCUACCGCAUCAACGACCCCGCCUACGUCGACAAGGUCAUGAUCUCGCAGACGGAAAAGGACACGCUCAUCUUCAAGGUGCAGACGCGCCAAACGCGGCGCCCCGAAAUUGGCGACAAGUUCUCGUCGCGCCACGGCCAAAAGGGCGUCGUGGGCAUCAUCGUCGACCAAGAAGACAUGCCGUUUGCCGACUCGGGUCUCGUGCCCGACAUCAUCAUGAACCCCCACGGUUUCCCGUCCCGAAUGACGGUCGGCAAGCUGUUUGAGUGCUUGACUGGCAAAGCCUCCGUCGUGGCCGGCCGCCGCGACUACGGCUACGGCGAUGCCUUCCGUUCGCACCCCGUGGAGGCCAUGGGCGAGGAGCUCGUGCGCAACGGCUUCUCCUGGGAGGGCAAGGACACGUUCACGUCCGGUGUCACCGGCGAGCUGCUCGAAGCCCACAUCUACAACGGCCCCAUCUACUACCAGCGUCUCAAGCACAUGGUGCAGGACAAGAUGCACUCGCGUGCACGCGGGCCCCGCGCCAUCCUGACGCGGCAGCCCACCGAAGGUCGGUCGCGCGACGGUGGUUUGCGUCUGGGUGAGAUGGAGCGUGAUUGUCUCAUCGCCUACGGCGCCUCUCAGCUGUUGCUGGAGCGUCUGAUGACGAGCUCUGACGCGACGUCGCUCGACAUUUGCCAGCGGUGCGGUCUGUUUGGCUACAAGGGCUUUUGCCAGACGUGCCGCAGCACACGCGAUGUGACGCAGAUGACGAUGCCGUAUGCGGCCAAGCUCCUGGUGCAGGAGCUGAUUAGCAUGAACGUGGGUGUGCGGCUGCAGCUCGAAGACGAGUUCCCGCACGGCACACAAAAGACGUAA